AUGGAGACACUGUUCCUGUCCUUGAGUAUUUUAGCAGGCAUGACAGGCGUGACAGUAUAUGCUUAUUACCUAGCAAAAAAUGUGGCUCUAAAUGGAAGGGCUACCCAGUCAGAUACGUGGGAGGAUGGCAUUGCCAUAAAUGCGAUUGAUGGAAACCGUGAUUCACAUUACUAUCACGGAUCCUGCACGCACAUUGCCUCACAGACCAACCCCUGGUGGAGGGUUGACCUGCUGAAGGAGUACAUCAUCACAUCAGUGUCCAUCACCAACAGAGGAGACUGCUGCCCUGAGAAAAUCAACGGAGCUGAGAUUCACAUUGGCAACUCCCUUACUGACAACGGCAACCAAAAUCCACGGGCUGGAGUAAUAUCCUCUAUUCCAGCUGGGAGAACCCUGACCCUCAGGUGGAGCCAUGGAGUGAAAGGUCGCUAUGUCAAUGUUUUUCUGCCAGGCUCCAAAAAGACUUUAAGUCUCUGUGAGGUCGAGGUUUAUGGCUAUUUGGCACCAACUGGUGAGAAUGUGGCCUUAAGAGGAAAAGCCACUCAGUCAUACCUUGCUGGACAAGCCUUUGCUUAUAAUGCUAUUGAUGGGAAUCGGGAAGGAAUAUUUGCCCAAGGGUCCUGUAGUGGCACAGAGGCUCACCUCAACCCCUGGUGGAGGGUGGACCUGCUCCUGACAUACAAGGUCUUCUCAGUGAUCAUCACCAACACUGUGGAUUCCCCCAGUCGGCUAAAUGGGGCUGAAAUCCGGAUUGGCAAUUCCUUGGACAACAAUGGCAUCAAUAAUCCCAGGUGUGCUGUAAUCUCCUCCAUUCCUGCUGGGUUUUCUGAGACGUUUCAGUGCAAUGGCAAGGAGGGGCGUUACGUGACUGUGGUGAUACCUGGACGUGCAGAGCAUCUCCAACUAUGUGAAGUAGAGGUGUACGGAUCACCACUGGACUGAAGCUCUUCAAAACAACACACAUCAUCCAUAACGUUUUCCUUUUUUGAAAACACAGCCAUAAUGAAUGUCAUCAUUUAGAGAACCCAAAAGGAAUUGUGAUUUUUGUUUAUAGGAGUGUGUGUUAAGAUAAGAUAAGAUAAACUUUUAUUGUCCGUUUGUACAGAAAUUUGUUUUGCAUGACACUCCUCCACAAUCCACAAAACACAACAUGGCCUACGUAGUCUAGUCGUCUAGGUCCAUAAGCUGUUAGGGCAGUCCAAUAAAAGUUUAAAAAGUUACUAAGUUAAGUUACUAAAAACAAGUUUCUAAAAGUUACUAGAAAAAAAGUUAAUAAGUUAAACACUGUGUUUGUCUGUGUGGUUGUUGUUUUUCAUUUCAUUCUAAGGAAUAAAGAUGU